AUGUCUGACGAGGAAGAAUAUUCUGGCUCCGAGGAGGAGGAAGUUGAAGAAGAAGUUCCGGAGACGCCCGCUCCUAAACCAGAGAGUAGACCGUCGAUCGCGGGUGAGGGAGAUCCAGAAUUCAUCAAGCGUCAAGACCAGAAGCGGUCGGACUUAGACGAACAGUUGAAGGACUACAUCAACGAAUGGCGCAAACAGCGAGCCAAGGAGGAGGAGGAGCUGAAACGCCUCAAAGAGAAGCAGGCUAAACGCAAGGUUUCACGGGCUGAAGAAGAAAAGCGCCUCGCUCAAAAGAAGAAGGAAGAAGAAGAGCGGAGACAACGCGAGAUUGAAGAGAAGAAACAGCGUGACAUCGAAGAGAAGAGGCAGCGACUUGAAGAGGCUGAAAAGAAACGCCAGGCUAUGUUGCAAGCUAUGAAGGACUCUACGAAAGUCGGCCCCAACUUCACCAUCCAAAAGAAGAGCGAGGCCUUCGGCCUGACCAGCGCUCAACUAGAACGCAACAAGACCAGGGAGCAAUUGGAGGAAGAGAAGAAGAUCUCACUCUCCAUCCGCAUCAAGCCACUGAAUAUCGAAGGUCUAUCCGUAGAAAAGCUUAGACAGAAGGCCACCGAGCUCUGGGAGUGCAUAGUUAAACUCGAAACUGAGAAAUACGAUCUCGAGGAGAGGCAGAAGAGACAGGACUACGACUUAAAAGAGCUCAAAGAAAGACAGAAGCAACAGUUGAGGCACAAGGCUCUAAAGAAGGGUCUCGAUCCCGAGGCACUUACAGGCAAGCACCCGCCCAAAAUCCAGGUUGCGUCCAAAUAUGAACGACGCGUUGACACACGGUCCUAUGACGACAAAAAGAAAUUAUUCGAGGGUGACCUAGAGAAACUGAACAAGGACUUCCUUGACAAGAUCUGGCAAGAAAGGGCCGAGCAGUUCGGCGGCAGGCAAAAGGCGAGACUGCCCAAGUGGUUCGGCGAAAGGCCCGGCAAAAAGAAGGGCGAGCCCGAGUCUCCUGAGGGCGAGGAGGAUCAAAAGGCAGAACCAGAGGACGAAGAGCCUCACUACGAACCUGAGCCUGAAGAGGAGGAAGAGGAAGUUGUUGAGGAGGAAGAGGAGGAGGAGGAAGAAGAGGAAGAGGAAGAGGAGGAAGAGGAGGAGGAAUAA